AGAGGGCGGGAGGAAACCCACCGCCAGCGAGCCCCCCCACCCCAUCCCAGAUCCAGGCAUCCCAUCCAUCCAUCCAUCCAUCCAUCCAUCCAUCCAUCCAUCCAUCCAUCCAUCCAUCCAUCCAUCCAUCCAUCCGUUUUCUUUCUGCACAGCAAGUAUAUUCUGGUUCUGCUCGGGACAGUCAGAAGGACAAUACCACAGAUUGCAAGUAUGGCCCUGGAAUUUAUAUACUUUUUUUUCGCCUUGUUUUUCUUCUAUGCUGUGAUGGGGAUGGAACUCUUUGCACAGCUGGGUUGCCCUCCCAGCAGCUUUAAGAACUUUGGCUCUUCGUUUUUCACCCUCUGCGAAGUCUUUACUGGAAAUAAUUGGAUUAAGAUCUUAACGGACAUACAGGGGAUAGGUCGACCUGGUGACGCCUGCUCUCCUUACCUGGCCUGGGUGGCACCUCUUUAUUUUAUCUCGUUUGUCACCUGUGCAUGGUUCCUGCUGCUAACCGUCAUAGGUAUAGUGUUGGCAAUCUCCGAACUGGCGCUGCAGGACAGUCUUCAGGAGUACAGACAGUGGUCAUCUCCUUCUGUGGAGGGAACUGAAGCAGUAUCUCCAACCACGGCCACUGACUAAAGAUGUCAUCAGUCCUCAGCAAUCAAGAGAGUAUAUAAGCUCCACUCUCCAGCACACUCACUGCCAGAUCGUCUCAUAGCCGUCCCCAUGCAAGACCUUCCAGCGUCCUCUGUCUUGACUUCCCGUUGCCGACCCUGCCUGUUA